AUGUCCCCGCAAAAGCGUAUAAAUACAUUCCGCGUGCGAGUCAAUCUGGUGCUUUGCACGAUUAUCUUCUGCAACGCAUGUGCAUAUCUCUUUGUGAACAUGCGCGCAUUCCAAUUGCUGGCUAUCGGAUCGGCGGUGCUUCCUGCUGUCGCCUUGGCGCCCAAGCAAUUAAUUUCGGCUCCAAGACGUAGCACUGCUGUGCCAAACCCGUCUGGAGAAGUCGCGUUGUUCUCAACCGGGCAGUAUUCGUUCGAAAGCCAUGAAUCAAGCACAACCUGGAACUUGAUCGAUCUCAAGAGCGGCAAGAUCUCCGAGCUCACCGAUGACAGCAAUGUGUCUGAGAUCAUCUGGUUGGGAUCGAGUAAUUCGGAAUUGCUGUACAUCAACAGCACCAACGCUGACAUCCCUGGAGGCGUUGAACUGUGGAUUUCUGACACUGCCGACUUCAAUAACUUCCGAUAUAAAGCAGCGUCCUUGUCGGCUUCCCUCUCAGGUUUGAAGACUGCUACCACCAAAACCGGUGAUAUCAAUUUCCUCGUCUAUGGACAGUCCUACGGUAAUGGAACUGCAUAUAACGACAAACUAGCAGUGAAGCCCUUGAGCACCGCCCGCAUUUAUGAUAGCAUAUACCCGCGCCAUUGGGAUACAUGGCUCACGACGACAUUUAACGCUGUCUUCUCAGGGACCCUCGAGCUGAAGAAAUCUGGACAGUGGGCUACAUCACGCUAUGUUUCCCGUGGCGCUUUGAAGAACCUUGUUUCUACAGUGAAGAACCUCGAAUCACCGUAUCCACCCUACGGAGACUCCACCGAUUAUGAUAUUUCACCAGAUGGAAAAUGGGUCGCUUUCAAGAGCAAGGCGCCCGAGUUGCCAAGGGCGAACAAUACCGCGUCGUAUAUUUACUUCGUUCCGCAUGAUGGCUCUAAGAACCCCGAGGCAAUCAAUGGCCCCGAUAGCCCAGGCACUCCAGAGGGUGUCAAGGGAGACUCCAGCGGGCCUGUAUUCUCACCGGAUAGUGAGCAACUCGCAUACUUCCAGAUGACAGACAUCGCCUACGAAUCGGAUCGCCGCACUCUCUACGUCUACACGAUUGACUCAAAGGAGACUAUUCCGGCUUUGGCGAAGAAUUGGGAUCGCUCGCCCAGCGCAGCCAAAUGGACCACCGAUGGUAAAGGCCUCAUUCUCAACACCGAGGACCGAGCUCGCAAUCGACUGUUUAUCUUGCCUUCGGAUGCGGGUGAUGAUUUCGUCCCUCGCAACUUUACUGAUAGUGGCUCCGUGAGCUCAUACUAUAACCUUCCUAAUGGUGAGAUUCUGGUUUCCGGCUCGGCAAUGUGGACUAGCCGGAUCAUAUACACUGCGACGCCGGAGAAGGGUGUUACCAAUGUGGUCUUCUCGGCAAAUGAGGUUGAUCCUGCUCUCAACGGCAUGAGCUCUGCGGACGUAGAUGAGUUCUACUACGAAGGGAACUGGACUGAAAUCCAUUCUUGGAUUAUCUAUCCUCAAAAUUUCGACACGUCCAAGACCUACCCUCUCUUGUUCUAUAUUCACGGUGGCCCUCAAGGUUCGUGGGCCGAUUCCUGGAGUACUCGCUGGAACUACAAGGUUUGGGCCGACCAGGGAUACGUGGUGGUUGCUCCGAACCCAACUGGCAGUACUGGGUUUGGUGAUAAGCUUACCGAUAUGAUCACGAAUAACUGGGGAAGCUAUCCAUACGAUGACUUGGUGAAGUGCUGGGAAUAUGUGCGUGACAACUUCGACUUCAUCGACACGGACAACGGUGUUGCAGCUGGAGCAAGCUAUGGCGGCUUCAUGAUCAACUGGAUUCAGGGCAACCCACUGGGCCGCAAGUUCAAAGCCCUGGUCAGCCACGAUGGAACAUUCGUUGCCGAUGCCAAGAUAUCGACAGAAGAGUUGUGGUUCAUCGAACACGAUUUCAAUGGCACCUUCUGGGGUGACCGAGACAACUAUCGCCGCUGGGACCCAUCAGCUCCUGAACACAUCCUUCAAAUGGAUACGCCGCAGCUGAUCAUCCACAGUGAUCUAGACUUCCGGCUGCCCAUCUCAGAAGGACUUAGUCUGUUCAAUGUCUUGCAGAUGCGCGGUGUACCAAGCAGACUGCUCAAUUUCCCAGAUGAGAACCAUUGGGUCACAAAUCAGGAGAACAGUUUGGUUUGGCAUCAGCAGGUUUUGGGCUGGAUCAACAAGUAUUCUGGCAUUGGGGCUAGUAAUUCCAAUGCUGUGAGUCUGGAUGAGACGAUUGUUCCUGUGGUUGACUACAACCCAUAA